GCAAUCAUAUGUGUCCUACUCUUAGAAAUGCCUGUUUCUUCAUCACCCUACGAAAUCAAUUAAUAAGAGACUUUAACUUCACUGCUCAGGGCCGACAAUGGCGCAUCACCGUGCCGAUGCCAGCGCCCUCCUGGACAAUCGGGGUUACUCCGGUCCCCUAAUCCGCGGUGUUAAUCCAGCCACACUCUUCGAAAAGGCCGUUCGCGAUCGCAUCACGGAGUCAUAUUACUGGAAAGAACAAUGCUUUGGCCUCAACGCGGCAACCCUUUGUGAUCGAGCCGCGGAACUGUCUUACAUCGGUGGAACAUACGGGCUUGCACAGAAGCCAACGCCAUUCCUAUGUUUAGCCUUUAAGCUGCUCCAGCUUGCACCAGAGAAGGAGAUAGUGCUGGAGUAUUUGAACUUUCACGACCCGGAAAAUGGCCAUGUUGAAGGUAGCGAAAUGAACGGGCUGGAGGAGGAACAAGGUGGUGCUAGUGUUGUUAAAGCUGUUGGGGAUUUCAAAUAUCUUCGUGCUCUAGCAGCGUUUUAUAUCCGGCUGACUUUUGAUGCUGCGGAUAUAUACAAGUCUCUCGAGCCUUUAUUGACGGAUUACCGGAAACUCAAGAGGAGGAUGAAGGAUGGUUUUGUAUUGACGUAUAUUGACCAAUUUGUCGACGACCUGCUGACAAAGGACCGUGUUUGUGGAACGAGUUUGUGGAAAUUACCCUCUAGACAUCAACUAGAAGACCUCGAUAUUCUAGAAGAAAGGAUCAGUCCGUUGGCGGCCGAACUGGAAGAUAUCGAUGGAGAUUGAAUUGGACUCCGGGAUAGCUGGGAAGGGUCCAGCAAUGGCGAAAUUGACUGAACGCGAUCGGCCGCUUAUUUCCUUCUUCGUUAUACCAAUUGGUAUUGGGUGUCAACCGCAUUUGACUAUCUUUUGUCUGCGCUGAACCUUUUGAGAAACCAGUGUGCAGUGCAGCCAUCACUAGGAAGGAAUAUUAAGUCAGCGAGGAUUCCUACGGUCGAGUUACUCGGGUUCUGUACACGCAGCAUUUCCCUAGGUCAUUUUAUCUAGAACAGCAUCAACCCACAUAGUUGCGAGCUACCAGAGUCCAUAGCCAAAUAUGAAUCCUUGGCGUGGUUCAUCCUAACUACAUGUUGUCAACAUCUCGAGAUAUGUCGCUAUAUCUUCAUGCGAGACGAGGACUACCACCGACAUUGCGAAUGUACCGCAGUUGUUUCAACCAGCCUUUUACACGGGUGAUGUUCCUUGUAUACAAUGACCAUGAGCGGGAUAUACCGGUUCAUUUAAAUGUUACCCUUGAUGUUUCACUCGACUCAUGCACACAUCUUUGUUUGUCAAGGGAGGUUCUUUUCUCAAAUCAUGGCUAUUUAAAUCUGUUAUAUACCACUUGUUCAAAAUUCAGAUUGGCGGGUCAUUUUGACUUCUGCAUUUGCAAAUCACUUGCUUUUGAUUGGGAAGGUUUGCGAAAAGAAUGGAUAAUGGCAAAAAAUUAUCAUUCACAAAUC